UCCUCGCGCGCCUGGGCCAGCACCGCCGGGAGUCCGGGCGGGGAAGUGGGCGCCCGCGGCUCGGGAAGCUGCUCCCCCGCCCUGGAGUAGAGUCGUCGCUGUGGUCGCUGAGGAAGGACGGAGCGGAGGCCCGCGCUGUCCAGAGAGAAGACUGUGGUGUCAUCCCGUCUGGAAUGAAGGGAAAUGCAGUGGCUGUUUGCGCCCCGGGACUCCAAGAAGUACAGCAGAUGGUGGGUGAGCAGUACACUACAGCCACAGAAGGCACCCGCAUAGAGAGGCCAGAGAAUCAGUAUGUCUACAAAAUUGGCAUUUAUGGCUGGAGAAAGCGCUGCCUCUACUUAUUUGUUCUUCUUUUACUCAUCAUCCUCGUUGUGAAUUUAGCGCUUACAAUUUGGAUUCUUAAAGUGAUGUGGUUUUCUCCAGCAGGAAUGGGCCACUUGCGUGUAACAAAAGAUGGACUGCGCUUGGAAGGGGAAUCAGAAUUUUUAUUCCCAUUGUAUGCCAAAGAAAUACACUCCAGAGUGGACUCAUCUCUGCUUCUACAAUCAACCCAGAAUGUGAUUGUAAAUGCGCGCAACUCGGAAGGGGAGGUCACAGGCAGGUUAAAAGUCGGUCCUAAAAUGGUAGAAAUCCAGAGUCAACAGUUUCAGAUCAACUCCAACGACGGCAAGCCACUAUUUACUGUGGAUGAGAAGGAAGCUGUGGUCGGUACAGAUAAACUUCGAGUAACUGGGCCUGAAGGGGCUCUUUUUGAACAUUCAGUGGAGACACCCCUUGUCAGAGCCGACCCGUUUCAAGACCUUAGAUUAGAAUCCCCCACUCGGAGUCUAAGCAUGGAUGCCCCAAGGGGUGUGCAUAUUCAAGCUCACGCUGGGAAAAUUGAGGCGCUUUCUCAAAUGGAUAUUCUUUUUCAUAGUAGUGAUGGAAUGCUUGUGCUUGAUGCUGAAACUGUGUGCUUACCCAAGCUGGUGCAGGGGACAUGGGGUCCCUCUGGCAGCUCACAGAGCCUCUACGAAAUCUGUGUGUGUCCAGAUGGGAAGCUGUACCUGUCUGUGGCCGGAGUGAGCACCACGUGCCAGGAGCACAGCCACAUCUGCCUCUGAGCCGCCUGCAUCCUCUCGGUGAGCUGUGCAGUGCCGGCCCCAGAUCCUCACACCUAGGGAGCAGCUGCACAUCGUGAAAGACUGAGGCAGCGUGGAUGGGAAGUAAACGCUUCCAGAGGAACUCAGAAAAAAAAAUGUGCCAAAGUGUGUGGACAAAACUACAUGAUCUCAAAAUGCACGUGGACGUGAGACACAACAGUUGAAGAAAUGGAAAAGCAAUGUGUUUUUCCACUGGAUUUUCACCAGAACAAUUGCGAAUUCUGCCUCGCCUCCCCCUAUCUUGUCCGUGUGGGCACACACUCAGUGUUGAGUUGCUGUGUGGAGUUAACGUAUGAUGCUCCACUGUGGAUAUCUAAUGCCCUGUUGAGAGUAGCCUUGCUGAUACUAAAAUGCUCCAAAGUUCUAUACAGCAUUUCCUUUAUAGCAUUCAAACCUCACACCCUCCCUUCAGUUUAAUGCAAGUCAGUCACGUUUCACAAGAAAAUUUUCAAGUUUUGAAGGGAAUUUGAGGUUGAUCUGGUUUUCAAGAUGUAGUCAAAGGAAUAAAUCACACAAAAUUAAACUUUCUGUAUACAGUCAAUAAGCAAUAAAAAUCAACCUCAUUUUUCAGAUU